AUGAACUCUGCGAUGACAGCAGCCAUCUCUACAAUCAUCAUCGUUUUUUCCCCUUCACUCUCUAAGGCGCAGCUUCAGCCUCAAGCCCCUCGUGUACCUGUCACCGCCCACGCUGAGACUAAAGGGAAAUCUCGUCGGUCCUCCACAGCUGGCGCCGUCAACCCAAAAGAGAAGAACAUAUUUGAGGGAGAUGGAGUGGUAAUUAGUGAGGAGAAAUGGGAGAGCUUGUUCGCUGGGUAG